AUGUCUUCCAUAGAUUCACUUGAAGUUUCCUGUCCAACAAUUUUCGUAGUCAUCUUUUGCUUUCUCAUCCUCCAUUACUUGCUGACCAAGAAACGUUAUGGCCGGUUCUUUAGGAACAUACCUAUUCUCCGGAUGCUCCCAGGUCUACUCAUGAAGCGCCACCAGAUACAUGACUUCACCGUCAAGAUUCUUGAAUUCUCUGGCUUGACCUUUCUAUUCAAGGGACCCCCUUUCGCUGGCAUGGAUAUGUUACUCACGGCUGAUCCAGACAACAUUCAUCACAUAAUGAUCUCAAACUUCUCAAACUACAUCAAAGGAUCAGGUCUCCAAGAGAUUUUUGAUGUGUAUGGAAACGGGAUAUUCACUACGGACUCAGAGAUGUGGAAGAACCAGAGAAAGUCUAUUCAAGCCAUGCUCCAUCAUCAAGAGUUUCAAAGGUUUUCAACGAGUACCAUGACAGGAAAACUCAAGUCCGGGCUUGUUCCUCUUCUCAAUCAUUUCGCUGAGGAAGGAACGAGUGUGGACUUGCAAGAUGUGUUUGGUAGACUCACUUUUGAUACAACUUUGAUCCUUAUAACCGGUUCUGAUCCUAGAUCUCUCUCCAUUGAGAUGCAUGAGGAUGAGUUAGCUAAGGCUUUAGACGAUGCUGGAAAAGGGAUUUUGAGUAGACAUGUUAAACCAAGAUUCUUGUGGAAGCUGCAAAACUUGAUGGGGUUGGGACAAGAGAAGAUGAUGAGUGAAGCUAAUGCAACUUUUGACCGUGUCUGCUCCAAAUACAUAUCAGCCAAGAGAGAAGAGAUUCUUCUAAGUACAACCAAUGGAGAAGGUGAGGAUCUUUUAACUUCCUUCAUGAAGAUAGAUACAACCAAGUACAAGCUCUUGAAUCCAAAUGAUGAGAAGUUUCUUAGAGACACUAUCUUAGCCUUUAUUAUAGCAGGGAGAGAUACAGUUGCUUUCACUCUCUCUUGGUUCUUCUGGCUUCUCUCUGAAAAUCCACAAGUGGUAGCCAAGAUUCGUCAAGAAAUCAUCGACAAUGGUCAAGAGGAUCUGGACAGGUUGGUGUAUUUACAAGGUGCCUUGUUUGAAGCAAUGAGACUAUAUCCACCAGUUUGCUUCGGGCGCAAGUCUCCUAUCGAUUCUGAUGUGCUUCCAAGUGGUCAUAAGGUGGAUGCAAACUCUAAGAUUAUAAUAUGUCUUUAUGCGCUAGGGAGGAUGAGAGCGGUUUGGGGAAAAGAUGCCUUGCAAUUCAAGCCAGAAAGAUGGAUUACUGAGAGUGGAGGACUAAAACAUGAGCCUUCCUCCAAGUUUUUAGCGUUUAAUACCGGUCCAAGAACUUGUCUAGGUAAGCAUUUAGCUAUCACUCAGUUGAAGAUGGUGGCCGUGGAGAUAUUACAAAACUAUGAUGUUAAGGCUGUGAAAGGGCAGAAGAUUGAACCGGUUCUUGGUUUUAUGUUGUCAAUGAAGCAUGGACUUAGGGUUACAGUUGCUAAGAGAUGUUCUACUUGA